AUACCAGUAGAAAUAAAUGGUUUGGUGCGGAACUAAAAUCUCGGUCAGCUGUCACCCGAGGUAUUUGAAACGAGGACGAAAAUGCCUAGUUCCUGUCCAACUUCCUUCAAAGAUAUUGGUUUCCAAUAUUAACAGACGUUUCAUCCAUACCUGUGUAAUUUUUCGGAUUCAAUACGAGUUUGGAUCUGGCGUGUGUCUUUCCCGCUUUGAUCACUCAUCAUGAUGCGUUACUGGGGUGAGAUCCCCGGGCCUGCAGGGGCUCCCCCCAGUCGCAGCUCCUUUGACUUGCUCCAGCGUGAGUUCCGCUCAGUGGAGAUGCAGGACCCUCCCUUGCACCAGCCCUCCGCCCAGCGUCCGCGGCCCACCACGAUGUUGGACAUCCCCUCAGAGCCCUGCAGCCUCACCAUCCACACAGUGCAGCUGUGUCAGCAUACCCGCCGCCUCCGUGGCCUCUUGUCAGCGGCCCAGGGUCAAAGCUCCUCAUCCUCUGAGGGUGGCAGCAGGCUGGAAGAGGCUGAUACCAACCUGCCCCUGCGUCCUCCCACCCCACCUGUCAUACCAGAUGAUUUGCUACCUGUGGACAGCAAAGCCCCGCGACAGCCCUUCUUGCUUCGCCACAGUGACCCUGAAAGUGACUUCUAUAAGGGUAAAGGUGAGCCUGUCACAGAGCUGAGUUGGCCCUCCUGCAGGCCGCUCCUCUAUCAGUCAGUGGCCACCAUCUUGGCCCACGCUGGCUUUGAGUUGGCCCAGGAGAGCGUGCUGGAGACCCUGACCGACCUGGUACAUGAGCACUACCUGCGCCUCUCCCGCAUGUUGCGGGUGGCGGUGGACCGGGAGGCUCGACUAGGAGCGAGUCCCUUUCCCGACGUGGUAGAGCAAGUGUUCCAUGAGGUGGGCAUUGGCAGCGUGCUGGCCCUGCAGCGCUUCUGGCAAGUGCGGAUCAAGGACUAUCACAGCUACAUGCUGCAGGUGAGUAAAGAUCUGUCGGAGGAGUAUGAACGACUGGUGAACCCAGAGAAGGCCCUGGAGGACUCUAAGCCCCCGAGGAUCAAGGAGGAGCCCAUGAGUGACAUCUCCUUCCCUGUCAUCGAGGAGCCUGAGGCCGACCUGGCCUCCGGGGACCAAGCUCUGCCCAUGGGGGUCCUCGGGGCUCACGGCGAGAGGCUGGCUUCAGGCCUGGAUGGUGACCAUUCUCCUCACACCUCAGGUGGGGUCGGGGCCAACAACUCCCCACUGUGGCCGCAGGUCAAGAUGGAGCCGCAGGAUGGCGAGGAGGGCCAGGGUGCUGGCCACCACCACCAUCACCAUCACCACGCUGUCUUGGGCGGAGAUGUCUUCGAGGAGGGGGGGCCCAUGUCCACCAUGAGCGAGUCAGGUGGAGCCAUGGCGUCGUCUCCCGGAGGCGCGACGUCAGAGACAAGCUACGCCUCGCACUCGCCCGACUCUUUGAUGAGCACCUCGCCCGUCUUUAACCAAAGACCCAAGAAACGGGCGAAGAAGAUGUGAGGCCGUAUAUGAGAAGUGGACUCUGAACUCACCAGCAAGUCUUCCACAGUCGUCAUCCUGCGAUGAAAGAAAGCAACAAUCUGACAGAACAAACACACGGCAGCUGUUGAGAUCAUGGCAACUUUACAAACUGACUGAGACAUUGUCAUGAUCGAACUGAGCUGAUGUGGGAAACAAUUAUGUAGUUUAUGUUUAUGUUUGUAUGAGUGUGUAUAGUUUCUCUCAAAAUAGCUGUUGCCAUGGAAUAUAUAAUUGAGUUUAUUCAAAGAAUAAACAUCUUUUGAAGUAUCA